AUGUCUGGUAAUCAAUUCAGAAUUAUAGCUGGUUCCUAUGAGCAUAACAUUCUUUGUUUAUCGGUCAACCUCUCUUUACCUACUCCAGUUUUCACGCCAAUCUUUCAUUUCCAAGCACAUACACUGAGUGUUAAAUGCCUAGAUAUAUCAAAAAGAUAUCUUGUUUCCGGUUCAAAUGAUGAGCACAUUAGAAUUUAUGAUUUGCAAAAGAGAAAAGAACUAGGCACUUUGCUUGCUCAUCAAGGAUCAAUCACCACCUUGCGUUUCUCGAACAGCGCAAAGGAAAAACAAGAGGAAGGUUCUGAGAUCAAGCCGUCCGCUAGCAAAUGGUUACUUUCAGCUUCAGAGGACAACAAAAUUAUUAUCUGGAGAGUAAGAGACUGGGAAAACUUCGGAGUGCUGAAAGGGCAUACAGCAAGAAUUAACGAUCUUGACAUACAUCCAUCCAACAGGAUUGCCGUCAGCGUCAGUGAAGACCACAGUAUACGACUAUGGAACUUAAUGACUGUGAAGAAAGCAGCUGUCUUAAAAUUGCGGGGCUAUCCACAAAAUGCUCAGUUUGUCAGAUGGCUCGGUGAUGACGGUCAGUUCUUUGCAGCAGCUCUUUUGAACAAGGUGCUGAUUUACAAGACUUCAACCGCCAAGGUACAAAGUGAGAUUGACCUUGGAAGGCUUUCAAUCAUGCACAUGGAGGCAAAGAGAUUCGAUGGAAAGGAAUACAUAGUGAUCGGUUUGAGUAACGGCCGCGUCAACUUCUAUGAUACCAAACCGCUCUUUGAAGAAGACGCUAAGGAUUUCGAGCCAGAGUUUGACCUAUUGGGCCACACUAACCGUGUCAAGGACUUUAAGUUCUACACCAAUGAAUAUGGUACAUACUUGGUAACCAUCGGAUCUGAUGGUAAAGUGAUUGUCUGGGAUCUCAAGACCAAAGAACAGCUAGCUGUUUAUGACGCUGGUGAGAGGCUGAAUUGUCUAGCGCUUUGCGAUGAGGCAACUGAGAAGUACGAGACUAUUAAGAAACGUGAGUCAGAGAGUGCAGAGAUUGACAACCAGAGUGAAGUCGAGAGUGAUAUCGAAGGAUUGAAAGAAGCUAUGUUUGGCAAAGCACAAAAGAAGAGCAAAAAGAAUAAGAGAAGAAAGAAGAACAAGAAAGUAUCUGUGCAAGUAGACUGA